UCUGGCUUCCUCUUGGAGGCGGGGCGCUUCGCUACCCGCGAGCGGGGCUCAUAUCGGGCUGAAUGGCGCAGAGCGGUGGCAACGCGGGUCCCGAGAUAUCUCGGGUGCUUCUUUCCGUGGGAGGCGGAGGAGGUAUCAGCGAAACACUUUUGCUCAGUCCAAAACAUGCUAAAAAGAAAGACCCAACCUUACAGACAACCAGGCUGCCCAGGAGCAACAUUUUGGAUAAGGUGCAGAAUUUUCUACCCCAGAUGGCUAGUGCAAAUAAUCAGCUGAGAAGAGAAAUGGACAGCAAACCUAGCCAAGAGUUUGACAUUGAACAUGUAGAUUCUUCGAUGGAAAAAAUAAUUGAAAUGAAUGUGGCCUUAGUAGAACUGAAUGACUGUGAUACAACAGAAUCAGAAGAUGAUUCAGAAUGUGAGGAGAGCUCUACCUAUGAAGAAGUUACCGAAGAAAAUAUUAAGUUUCCUUUGUCAAAAGAAGGACGAAUAGAAAUGUUGGACGGUAAAAACUGAGUAGGUGAAUUGGCCUUAUUUUCCCGCCAUUUCAAUAUCUACAUGUAAUCCUCAUUUUUUCAAGGCCUCUGGGAAAGUUGCGCUGUGUACUACUAAUAAGCUUGUGUACUUGAUAUAUGGAGAGGUGUAAAAAAAAUCUGUUGUAGGUCUGCUAUCAAGUCAGAAGAAAUUAAUGAGGAUUUCAUUUGUAAAAUUGAGGGGAAAGCAGAAAAAAUAAUUGGACCAGACAGAAACAAAAGAAUAAUAGCUAUGAACUAUUUAUGAUUUAAUCUGUAAUAACAUUACAGAUUACUACCAAUUCUUGGGUUACAUAGAGAUCAAAGAAAACAUCUGUGGAAAAGAGAUAAUUUAUUCUAGAUUUUUUCAAUUACAAAGUAUUUGCGCUGGUGACCCACUGUUAUAUGUUAAUAGUAGUGGCCUUCCAAAUGAACUACAUUCCUAACUCCCAGGUCUGGUUGGGAUUCAAGCUCAUUUGUUUACACCACAGGUUACUCACCUUGCAUAAACUGUCCUUUAAGGUCAAGGUGAAAGAAUUGUGUUAGACUGAAAGAUAUUUUUGUGGAUAAGCAGCAUUCAUAAUGAAGAAUGAGGAAUGCCAUUGGGAAUCCAGUAUAUUUUAAAGGUCCAAAAUAUGCUACAAAUCAAAUUGGGAGUUUAUAAUCCCAGCCAGUUUGAGAUCACAUUACAUCUUUGAAAUUAAAAUAUGCCUUGUAUUCUCAUAAAGUUUAUUUAAGAUGAAUAAAAAAUAAUUUUAAGGUAUGCUUUAUACUGUAAAAGGCAUCAACUUGCAAGAUACAUGCCAAUUUGAGCUGAAAUUAGUUUUAUUCUUAUGGGCAAUUUGUUAUGAUUAUGCAUUAUUACUGGAACAUAUAUUCCACUGAAUAAGAUCAUCCUAUUUCUGAAUAAAUAAUAUUUGACCUGUUAUUGCUUACUUGAAAAUGGAAUUGAAUGUAAAUCGGGAAUGUUUGACAUGAAAAAUCAAAUAGGCUGAAUAUUCUGGAAUUAGCAACUAGUAAUAGCCCCAUACUGUACAUGGUAGAUUAUGGUCCAUAACUUUCAGGAAAGAGGACCAUCUUGCUGUGUAUUGAUUUGAGUUGAUAAUAAUUGUAAUACAUAAAUAUAAAUAAAAUUUAGGUGCCCUUGCACAAUCCACCAAUAUUUUCUAUUUAUUUUCCAUAGUAUACUCCUGGAAAACUCAUACACAAGAUACAAAUGGCAAAAUAUCUUUCUGCUUAGAUAGAGCAGCUAUCUGUUUUGAGACUAACACUACCGUAGUCUAUCUUUCCGUUCACUGUAUUUUAUACCACAAUGUUAUACGUUGUUUUCAAUAAAUAUUUUGCAAUUGCAAGUAGUAAA